AUGAUGAAUAUUUCAACUGCGACAGUGUCACCAAACAUCCCAAACGCAAAAGGAGUAAACGGCCAAGCAAUCGCACAACUUCUCCCUUUAGCCUUGCUGAUCAUCGUUGCAAAUGGCUUGGUUUUGAUUUUAUUUUCAAAGAGAAGGGAGCUUCACACACCACCAAACUACGUACUUUUAAGCUUAGCUAUUUGUGAUCUAAUGAACGGGCUUGUAAACAUCCCACUUUUCAUCAUCGUUGCGUUCACACCAGUCAUCACCUCUGGUGAGGUAAAGUUUUACCUGGUUUAUCUAGUUGGCGUUCUCCACCAUCUGACUGCGAUAUCCGCUUGUUAUCACAUUCUUGCAGUGACCACCGAGAAAUACCUGGCAAUAAUAUGGCCUGUAAGACACCGUUCGAUAAGCGUAAAAAAAGUUGCAAUAGUACUUAUAAUUAUUUGGCUGGUGUCCGUCAUUGUAGCAUUUAUUCCUUUUUCUUGGCUUCACCUGGAAUUCAGAGAUAUUCAAGCAAAGUUCUCGCUGGCGCAUGUUGCACUUUGUCUCGUAGCAGUCUUUCUGCUGCCAUAUUCAUUCAUGAUUUACGCUUUUGUGGUUAUCUUCAAAAAGAUUUCAAGUCCAAGCAAAAUCAAAGACAAUGUUUCUUCAAGGCCACACAUAAGUCGUCGACAAGCUGCUGCCGAGAAAAGGUGCUUGAUAUUGUUUGCUUUAAUGGCGACAUUUUUCCUGGCCUGUUGGCUGCCAUGGUUUAUCUUAACACUGUUCCAUAGGAUCAAACACGAGAUCAAAGUGGAUAAUUUGGAAAUUCCCUCGCAUGUAUUCGUUCUUGUCAGAUACACUUCUUCAAUCUUCAAUCCUUUGUUGUACACUUUCUUCAGGCGAGAUUUUAAAACGGCGUUGAAAUCUUUUCUUAAAAAGAAAACCAACGAAGAUUUUCCGAUGUUGCCUCUUUUUUAGAAUAAAACACUUAACGGACCAAUUGCAAAUCUUACCGACAGAGUUGUGAGAAUUAAUGAAAUAAUCACCUAAGCGAAAAUGUUUUGAUUUUAAACAAAUAAUCGCCCCAUAUAAGGGAAUCCUAAACAAAUAAUCGCCUCAUAUAUAGGAAUCCUAAACAAAUAAUCGCCCCAUAUAUGGGAAUCCUAAACAAAUAAUCGCCCCAUAUAAGGGGAUCCUAAACAAAUAAUCGCCCCAUAUAAGGGGAUCCUAAACAAAGAAUCGCCCAAUAUAAAGGAAUCCGGAUUUCAGAAUCAAGGAAAUUUUUGCCUGUGGAAUGUAGAUUCCCGGAAAUUUUUGCUUGUGGAAUACCGAAUCCUGGACUUUGGAAUCCGGAAUACAGCUCAAGGAAUCUGGAAUGCCUCUAUGAUUGGGAUCCGGAAGUUUCAAUGACAAAGAAUCUAAAAUCCAGUUCGCGGAAUGCAGAACCCAUGGAGUGGAAUCCAGAAUCCAAGAUUGUUAAGACUGAGUUUGCUCAACCUAGCGCGCGCCUCCUGGUCACAUGGCCCUUUACACGUGUCACGUGGUAAAGAAAUGCCUCGCUAAAAAGGAAGAGGCACAUUGGGACAAAUUCACUAGAAUUAGUAAUUUUGUAGCAAAUGAUCAGCUGUAAAAGUUAAAAAGUCCGUCCAUUCAAACGCAAUGCUUUGUGUCAGUAAGGGUGCUCAUGUGGCCUUUUAUUUUAAGUUCAAUAACACGUCAAGUAAAAUUGAUCCACUCAAAGGUCUGUACAAUUGUCUACUUAAUUACACAACAAAAACACCGAAAUUCGUACAUUAUUUGACACUGGUCAUCCUAGGUAAGGUAAGGUAACGCCUUUAUUUAAAGAGGGUAAACACGUGACAGUUAUAAAAAAAACUGAUAAACUUGUGGCCCUCAAAAACAACUAAACAACUUUUAACUACAAAUUAUUGAUUAGAACAUUUACUUGACAAAAGAUUUUCUUUAUAGUAGUGUGAACACAUGUUCAGAGUCACUACAGAAAAACAUACCGUAAAUUUUACACAUUAAAAACAUUCGAAAAAUCAUGCAAAAAUUCACAAAUAAUUAUUGAACUAAGGACUGUAACUUGAUUGAGUCACUUUUUGACUGAAUGAAAUCUUAGCUAGAUAUUUAAGGGAAAGGGUGGCAAUCAACGAAAAAUAAUGCUUCUCACCUGACUGCCCUCUUAAUUCAAGAAAUAUAAAACCUUUAUUAUGACUAAAGGCUUGGUUACCAAUGGUGACAUCGACCGUUAAAAAUGGCAGUGACCUUUUACCAACUUGGGAAAUUGCCGAUCAGCUACACUAAAAUGUUAUCCGCCAGCGGCCUGUUAUACAUUACCUAUAUGGGUAUGUGCCGCCCAACGGGGUCGUGAUUUUGAAGCUCCUGAUAUAGAACGGGGUAUCCAUUUCAGAGGCGUUUUCUAGAACAGGGUAUAAAAAAUUGGGGAUCACGGCUUUAUCUUCUGCUUAAAAUUGUUGCUGAUUAUGAAGAAGCAUUUAUUUGAUGUACAAGUCGAACAAAUAAAGAAAUAUCUUUUUAAAAAAACAGGGCUAUUUCAAUUUUUAAACUCUCUAGAAAGGAGAAUAAAAAAUUGGCCCAUUUCUAGAACGGGGUAUCAGUUUUAGGGGAAUUUAUUUUUAGAGCGGGGUGCCAAUUUAGAGUCCCGAGCGACACAUACCCACCCAAAAAAUACCCAAGUGCCCCCCCCCCCCCGGGUUCCAGGCGAAGCUAGCGGGCAGGCCAUCACACCUGAUACCGUGUAGGUUACACUCGCGGUAGACUACACUCCUAAAAGGAAGAUCAUCACCAAAGAGAAAAUACUUUGUUCUUUUAUCAAGUUCACUCAACUGUUUCUUCACGGAAAUUCGUGGAGAUCAGCGUGUUUUGUCGAUGGAAGACCGGAACGGAAAAACCUCUGCGUUCGCUGGCUAUCGAAUGAUUAGCCGACCGAUAGAUUGGUUGAAAAAAUAUAUGGGUCGAUUGAUUGAUCGAUCGAUCGAUCGAUCGAUCGAUCGAUCGAUCAAUCGAUUCAAUCGAUUGAUUGAUUGACUGACGUACUGUUUAUUUGAUUGAUUGACUGACUUAUUGAUUGAUCGAUUGAUCGAUCGAUCGACUGAUUGGCUGAUUGAUUGAUUGAUUGAUUGAUUGAUUGAUUGAUUGGUUGAUUGAUUGAUUGAACGGACGGACGAACGAACGAACUUGGUCGGCUGACUGACUCUUUGAUUGAUUCUUGAUUGAUUGAUUGUUUGAUUGAUUGAUUGCAGGAUACGCCCAAUCAAGUGAGAAAUAAAUCAAAGAAGACUUCGAGGUGCUUAAGAUGAUGAAUAUUUCAACUGCGACAGUGUCACCAAACAUCCCAAACGCAAAAGGAGUAAACGGCCAAGCAAUCGCACAACUUCUCCCUUUAGCCUUGCUGAUCAUCGUUGCAAAUGGCUUGGUUUUGAUUUUAUUUUCAAAGAGAAGGGAGCUUCACACACCACCAAACUACGUACUUUUAAGCUUAGCUAUUUGUGAUCUAAUGAACGGGCUUGUAAACAUCCCACUUUUCAUCAUCGUUGCGUUCACACCAGUCAUCACCUCUGGUGAGGUAAAGUUUUACCUGGUUUAUCUAGUUGGCGUUCUCCACCAUCUGACUGCGAUAUCCGCUUGUUAUCACAUUCUUGCAGUGACCACCGAGAAAUACCUGGCAAUAAUAUGGCCUGUAAGACACCGUUCGAUAAGCGUAAAAAAAGUUGCAAUAGUACUUAUAAUUAUUUGGCUGGUGUCCGUCAUUGUAGCAUUUAUUCCUUUUUCUUGGCUUCACCUGGAAUUCAGAGAUAUUCAAGCAAAGUUCUCGCUGGCGCAUAUUGCACUUUGUCUCGUAGCAGUCUUUCUGCUGCCAUAUUCAUUCAUGAUUUACGCUUUUGUGGUUAUCUUCAAAAAGAUUUCAAGUCCAAGCAAAAUCAAAGACAAUGUUUCUUCAAGGCCACACAUAAGUCGUCGACAAGCUGCUGCCGAGAAAAGGUGCUUGAUAUUGUUUGCUUUAAUGGCGACAUUUUUCCUGGCCUGUUGGCUGCCAUGGUUUAUCUUAACACUGUUCCAUAGGAUCAAACACGAGAUCAAAGUGGAUAAUUUGGAAAUUCCCUCGCAUGUAUUCGUUCUUGUCAGAUACACUUCUUCAAUCUUCAAUCCUUUGUUGUACACUUUCUUCAGGCGAGAUUUUAAAACGGCGUUGAAAUCUUUUCUUAAA